GCGCUGUGCCGUGUUGUGCUGAGCGCGAGACUGCAGUAAACAGAGCCCGCGCGCACCGGGUGGAGGAGGCGAAGGAAAGGGGGCGGGGCCUGAGCUCCGCGUUGUCAACGUCGUUAAUCCCGAGUUUCAGGUGGCUGCAGUCCGCGCAGUCGAGCUCGAGCUCCCGGGACGGUACGGUACGGCUGAAAGUAGUUAGUUAACGUGUGAGCGGAGUGAGAGAAUAGGGAAAAGGGUGAGACUUGAGAGAGAAGAGUGAGAUAAAGGAUGGCUCCGACUGGGAGAAGAGUGAGUUUAAAGCUUUAACGACUUAUUUUCAUUUAAACGCUGCGCUCCGCAGCCUCGCCUCUUCCGCCUGUGGGACUCGCUCCAGCGGGGCGAGAGGAACUCCGGGUCGGGGUUUUGGAUUAUUUUCUGUGUUUUAACGCUGGAAAGAGCUAAAGUUGUUGGACAGCUGUUCUCCCGCGCCGUUCCUCUGGUUGGACAUUUAUUCUAUGCCCGAUGUGCUCCUGUUUCAACUUCUGAGAAAUGGAUGACCCUUUGAAAGGCAUUUGGUUUCUGCUGCUGUUCCACACAAGUGCUUAAGCUGUACCCAAAGGCAAUGAUAGGUCACACAUGGCUGAAGACGUCCUCAGACCUCCCUCCUAAGAACCAGCUGACUUCAUCUGUUCACUAAAGCAAUCAACUAACAAUCCACUUCAUGACAUAACCCUACUGUGUUUGGUGAGGAUUUAACCUCGUUCUGGUUUGAUUGCUUUGGGCUUACCUUGAAGAAACUUUUGGAAACUCACAAGAGGCAUCUGCCUCAUCCCUGAAGCAUUUGUGAAAUUCUACCCUCAUGUUUAACAGCACUACCACUUCUGCUUGUGGAAUUACAUAGCCUCCCACUGAAGAGGCUUCUUUAAUUCAAGGAAAUUAGACUAAACCUGCUUUAUCAAGAGACUCAGACUCUACUUCAAGGUAUAUCCCCUUCCCAUAGUCCAAUGGCAUGGGUAAAGUUCUUCAGGAGACCCGGAGGCAAUCUUGGCAAGGCUUAUCAGCCAGGUUCUAUGCUGUCCCUGGCGCCCACCAAAGGACUACUCAAUGAGCCAGGACAGAAUAGCUGCUUUCUCAACAGUGCAAUACAGGUACUAUGGCAACUUGACAUCUUCAGACGGAGUCUGCGACAGUUACCCACCCACUACUGUUUAGGAGACUCGUGCAUCUUCUGUGCAUUAAAGGGAAUAUUUUCUCAGUUCCAGCACAGCAGAGAACGAGCCCUACCCUCAGACAACCUGCGUCAUGCCCUAGCAGAAACUUUUAAAGAUGAGCAGCGCUUCCAGUUAGGUUUUAUGGACGAUGCAGCAGAAUGCUUUGAAAACAUUCUGCAGAGAAUUCAUCUCCAUAUCGUUCCUGAUGCAGAAACAGAUGCCUGUACAUCAAAAUCCUGUAUCACGCACCAGAAGUUUGCAAUGACACUUUACGAACAGUGUGUAUGUCGAAGCUGCGGGGCCUCGUCUGACCCUCUGCCCUUCACUGAGUUAGUGCAUUAUGUUUCUACCACAGCACUCUGCCAACAGUUCUUUGAGCGGAGAGAUGAAAGGCUGCGUUCUGACAUGUUUGGAGAGCUGCUGCAGGCAGCCAGCACCAUUGGAGACCUACGCAACUGCCCAAGUAAUUGUGGUCAGAGGAUUAAGAUUCGACGUGUGCUGAUGAACUCUCCCGAGAUCGUCACCAUUGGUUUUGUGUGGGACUCAGAGCAAUCUGACCUCACAGAGGAUGUCAUCAGAUCACUAGGACCACACCUCAGCCUCUCAGGGCUCUUUUAUCGUGUCACCGAUGAGCAUGCCAAAAAGAGUGAUCUGCAGUUGGUGGGGAUGAUUUGCUACUCCAGCAGACACUACUGUUCCUUCGCCUACCACACAAAGUCUUCCAAAUGGGUCUUCUUUGAUGAUGCCACAGUCAAAGAGGUGGGCACUAAAUGGAAGGAUGUUGUAACUAAAUGCAUCCGAGGACAUUUCCAGCCUCUGUUGUUGUUCUACUCCAAUCCUGAGGGCAGCGCAGUGUCUGUUGAUGAUCCCUCUCGGACGAAUCACACUGCUAACAAUAAGGGCCAGGUCAAUGGUGAAAUCCCAGGCACUCCCCAGCCGCCCAGUAAGAAGCUGGAGUUGACCCGAGAGAACCUCACUGCGCUGUUGUCAGGUCAUAGCACUUUAAAGCAGAAGAGCCAGCCACUGUCUGCAUUCAGCCGUAGCAGCAACCAGACCAGCGGUGGGAGGGGACCAGUGAAGAUAAGCAGUGAUCCCAAGGGUUACUUCCGAGAGCUCUCCAAAGAGGUUGCCAGAGAAGCCCGUAACAUCAACAUCAUGAAGAAAGACUCUGACAGAUCACAGCAGAGGCAAGAAAUGGCAAGAAACCGAGAUCCAGCCUCAGACAGGACCUAUUCCCGCUCGCUCUCUCCUCCUGAGAACGGGUUUAAAGCCAUGGAGUCGAAAUUCUACAGCAGUCAGGGAAGAGGCCCAACGCGGGCUGAGCGUCCUCUGUACACAAACAGCCGCGCAGCCCAUGCACCACGUUCACACUCCCAGCCUCGCGUCUCGCUUCAACCUCCGAGAUCUGAGCUAUCCAACGGUUACGAUACAGACAGCAGCCAGGACUCGCGAGAGCGGUCUAACGGGGCCUCGCGUUCCCGCCCCGGCCGAGCCUGGAGACCCAUGAGAGAGGCCCUGAACGUAGACAGCAUCCUCAGCGGUAAUGAUGACAGACAGCUCCCCGGCAUGCGCCGGCAGGCCCCCAGACCGGAAAGGCCGCUUUACGAACGCGAUUCUGCUUGGUCUGGACGGGAAGAAGCUAAACCAAAAAGUUUGAUGACCAUUUAUGAGGACGAGCAGCGGCAUGAAUUAGGCAGCAGGAGCUCACUGGACUCAGAAGGACGUGAAAAGGAGAGGACUAAAGGUACAGUUAACAGCCUCACUGUGAGAAACGAUAACUGGAAGAUUCAGAGAACAGAGUCUGGCUACGAGAGCAGUGACAGGCUCAGCAACGGCUCCACGAACCUGGACUCUCCCGUGGUGGAGAACUUGGGUGGCAAAGAACUUCGGUCCAUUCCUGAGGUACACUUGUCCAGGGACCUGAUUCACAUUCGGAGGUACGAUGAGUUGAAGUCGGACUUCUUACAGACACCAUUUUCUUAUGGAGAUCUUCAAAACAAAGGUGAUGAACUUCAGUUGAGUCCCGAAAGUCACAGACGAGCUUUCCAGUACAUGCCUGCUACUGUCUUUGAGAGAAUGGAGAAGUCUACAGAUGAGAUGGACGACGACACCAGGUCUCAUUUCCUGCACAAAACCAGCAGCUCGGAGUGGAACAGCUCUGAUGACCUCGCUGGUCCUUUAUCUGAGCAGGAGGAUGCUUUCCCUCAAACUGACAGUGCAGCUCCUUUUGUUCUUCAGCAGCCCUACCAGAGUUACCACCAAUCCUCAGCGCCACCGUUGCCCCCCAAAACCCACGUUCUAAGAAUGGAGAACAGAAAGGGCCUGAUCCAAGACUCUGCUCAUCCCAGACCCCAGUCUCCAGCCCGUAAAGGAGUAGCUCUAUCCAGAAGAAGUCCUGAGAAGUGGAUGGAGAACUCUCCUGAACAAACCAUGCUCUCUUCAUCAGACUCCAGCUCAAAAUCUGGCUCUUCUGACCAGGAAAGGACUGAUUUGUCCACCAGUGAGAGCGAGGAGAAGUGCCCUAAACUCCCUGUGCCUCGGGCUGGGUCCCCCACCACAGGAGAGUGUGCGAUCCCCACCACCUACUUUUCUGUUGAUAACUGCAUGACGGACACCUACAGGGCUAAGUACCAUAAGAAAAAGCCUGCUCUGUACAUGACGACCACAGAUUCCAAACCAGGAGACCACACAUCAUCUGGUGAGAGUGAUCGAGGGGAAAGUGCAUCCCCAGCUCCUUCAGACAUACAGUUUCCAGACUUCUCCAGACCCAGACAAGAAACAGCCCAAAGCUCCAGUAAACCCAUGGUGAAGUGGAAUCCUGUUUCUUUGAAAGGACUGGAUGAGCAUGGCUUCCUAUGACAUCAAGCAUCAUUUUGAAUGGUGUGAUGGUAUUGAUUGUAUGAAUGUUACAGACUCUGAUUUUGUUCUACCCGACCCAAAACAGCCUUUUGUAACUGUAACAAAAAAACUGAAAUUUUAGAGGUCAUGUGAAUGGCUCCAUUUGGAAAAUUAACAAAUGACCACUUAGACCUAAUGAUUCCAAGUUUAAGAACUAUGCAGCAGUGUUGCCUCCUGUAACAGGUUGAAAAAAAAAAAAUCUGAACUUAGAGAUUUAGUAUCCGAUGCCAAAGAGAUUGAUUAGUCCCUCACGUAGAGUCUCCACUUGUCUACUACCUGUGGAUUGUGUCAUAUCCACUCAAGAAGCAGUUCUGUGGCAUUAUGAGACUUUUACUGUUGCACAUUUAUGAGCCAAAGGAGAAUAAAAAGUUUAAAACUUAGAUUCACUCCUUCAGUACUUUUUCAGUCUGUGUAUGUACGUUUUUGAAUAAUGUGAGCGUCUCAGAAUGCAGUAAACUGUAAGUAGGGUCAGCGUAUGGAUGAUCUGCUGUGUUUGCACCACUGUGCUCAUGGAUGCUUUUUUGCAGUUGCAGUUUUUGUAUGUUUGGGGUUUGUUUUUCUUCUUCACCAGAGGGAGGAUUUCUCUGGAAGGGUCAAUGGUUAUGAUUAUAUUUUAAUAUUUCCUGAUGUUUAUUGUUGGCCUUCAGAAAAGACUAAGCUAGUAAUGCUUUACAGCCUGUAAAUGUGAGUUAAUGUCAUUCUCAGAAUUAUGUUUUUAUUUUGAAAUUACUGGCAUAAAUUUGCACCCUUAAACUAUCAAGAUAUCAAACUAUCUUAAGAUAUCAAGUCCAGAACACUGAGCCAGACAAAGACGGAGAGAAGACUGUGUCAGUCUGGUUUAAUUUAUGGUAGAAAUAUUAUCUAUGUCUAAAGACAUGCAGGAAUUUAAACAGAGGGUACAGAGCAGUAGAGAUUUUAGAAGCACACCCAGGCGUAUCACAGCAACAAAACAACAGAGAUUAACCAUAUAUUGUCCAUUUCUUCCUUUUUGGAGGAAUCAGUUCUUUGUUUUUGUUUAUUUUGACAACUUUUUUCAUAGAAAAAACUAAAAUGUGCUUUAUUUACUCAUACAGCUCUGGAAAACAAUAAGAGACCGUUUCAGUUUCUGAAUCAGUUUCUCUGAUUUUGCUAUUUAUAGGUAUAUGUUUGAGUAAAAUGAACAUUGUUCUAUAAACUAGAGGCAUCAUUUCUCCCAAAUUCUGAAUAAAAAUAUCGUCAGAAAUCAAUAUUUGGUGGAAUGCACCUGGUUUUUAAUCACAGUUUUCGUGCAUCUUGGCAUGUUCUCCUCCACCAGUCUUACACACUGCUUUUGAAUAACUUCAAGCAGUUCAGCUUGGUUUGAUGGCUUGUGAUCAUUCACCUUCCUCUUGAUUAUAUUCCAGAGGUUUUCUAUUUGGUAAAAUUAAAGAAACUCAUCAUUUUUAAGCGGCUAUUAUUAUUUCUUUCCAGAGCUGUAUUUCUUCAUUCAUGAGAAUUUAAAAUGAAAUAUCUUGUACAAAAUAAAACAAUUGACUGGUAAAAGAAUGGUUGAUAUAUGGUUAAUUAUUGAAAGGGCUCAAUUAUUAGAAUCAAUUCUACACCCCAGUAAGAAACGAUGAAUGUCUUAUUAAACUCCUAUUAAAAAAUGUGCACAGACGAAAACUGACGAGAUUCCUGAGCGUCCUCUAACAGUAGAUCGCUACCGCUCUUCAGUGUCUAAACUUAAACUGACGUUUGACAAUGGUGUCUUAAACUGGUCUAAAAUAUUUGCUUGUGUGUUUAAAAUGUUAAUUUACUACAAAAUGUAUUGGUACAUUGUUUUGGUUUAUUUGAAUGUGAUGUACAUUUUUUUUUCUUAUUUUAUUUUUAAAUAUGAUUGCAUUUUGUACAUGGCUAGACGGACACUUCUUAACUGUGCCUUAUUUCGUAUGUGAACAAAACUGAAAUCCUGAAAAAAGUUGAUUUUGUUUGUAAUUAUUAAUUAUAAUUUCAUUUCUAUAUCAUUAUUUCAUUUUUAUUGAUUAACAGCUGUUUAAUAAAAAUAUGUUAACUAUA